GACCGUUGUGGAUUUCUCAAAUCUUCUUUCUCAACUCCUCCUCUCUGUGUUUCUCCGGGGAAACUCUUAACGGUCAUUUCUUGGAAAACAGUCCAGACUGAGGGUGAGAGCAAAGAUUCCAGACUCCUUCCGUUCAGAUUCUUCUGAAAUUGGUUGUGAUUGAGGUUUAUUUGUUUCGGUAAGUGCAUGAUUCUUGAUUUGGAUUCAUGUUGGGGUGAUCUGCGGUGUAAAUUUAGGGUUUCAGGUUGCGAUUUGAACGGGAAUAAUGGUUGCUGCUGUAUCGACGGCGUUGAAUACUAAUACCAUGGCUCAGACUCCGAGAGUGCCUCACUCUCAAAACCUUACGAGGCCGCCUCUUUUGCCUUCUGACCCCGACAAUGGCGCAGCGGCUCGACGGCCCAAAUCCCGGGAAGUUACUUCUCGGUACUUGUCGUCUUCCACUCCCUCUUCUUCUUCUACAUCGGUGCUGAGACGAUACCCGUCCCCUUCGGUUUCCGGAACGUCUACUUCGACGUCUGUUCUGACUUCGAUGCCGUCGUCGUUUAGGCGGUCGGAAUCGGUGGAGAGAACUCAGCGAGGGACUCCUCAUCCUAAUUCGUUGGAUCUCAGAUUUGGUCAUGCUAAUGGAAGGGGUGAGAUGUCAGCAGCUCAGAAACUGUUGUUCAAUUCGACACGGAGCCUAUCGGUUUCUUUCCAAGGCGAAUCGUUUCCUUUGCAGGUUAGUAGACCAAAGCCUGCGCCGACUCCUGGUAUUCGGAAGGGUACGCCGGAGCCGAGAAAAAUAGCCACACCAACAAGAGGUGCUGGUGGCGGCGACCAGACUGAGAAUAUGAAGCCAGUAGAUCAGCAGCGGUGGCACAGUGGUCACCGGCAGGCGAAUUGUAUGAGCAGGAGUUUGGAUUGUGUGGAUGAACGGAAGAAGGUCGCUGGUGGGUCUGGGAAUGUAGUGAGAGCGCUGCAGAGUUCGUUUGUCGAUGACAGAACUUCAUUUGAUGGAAGACUUGGUUCUGACUCUGCAAAUAUAGAAUCGGAGAAGGCGGUAGAGCCUCUUACUGCAGGAACUUCGGCUGAUAGUUUAGACGUUUUGUCCGACCCUCUUGCUUCUGAUUCUGAGAGUGGUACACUGGAGGGUGGUGCUGGAAAAGCACAGCGUGGCCCUCGAGUCAUGGUGGUUCCGGCGAGAGUUUGGCAAGAGACCAACAAUCGGUUGCGACGGCAGCCAGAGCCGGGGUAUCCAAUAUCUAAGAACAUUGGAGCAAAAACUUCAGUUCCUUCGAAGGUAAACAUUCCCAAGAAGCAUUCAAUGGAUAGUCCAGCAUCAUCUCCUCGCCAGGUUGCUAAUAACAUGGAGCCGCCGUCAUCUCCUCUGUCCCCAAGUAAACUUUUAGCAUCCUCCAUAUCAUCACCUUCAAAAGGAAGCCCAUCUCGUGUGAGAUGCUCAGUGACAAAUGGGUUCAGUAAUAACUGGAGCAGCACGCCAUCGACUUUGAAUUUUGCUAAUGAUAUUCGAAGAGGGAAAAUGGGGGAUACCCGUAUGGCUGAUGCACAUUCAUUGAAGACGUUGUAUAACAGGCUUUUGCAGUGGCGUUUUGUGAAUGCUAGAGCAGAGGCCACCUCUUCGAUACAGAGUUUGAAUGCAGAGAGAAACCUCCACAGUGCUUGGAAUAGUAUUUCAAAACUGCGUGAAUCUGUUGCAGCUAAAAGACAUGAGAUGCAAUUACUACAGCACAAACUGAAGUUGGCUUCUAUCCUCAACUCUCAAAUGACAUGUUUGGACGAGUUGGAUCUUCUGGAUGAAGACUUCUCCAGCUCUCUAUCAGAUAUCACAGAAGCUUUGGAAGCUAGAACUCUUCGCCUGCCAGUUGAUGAAGGGGCUAAGGCGGAAAUCCAGGAUGUUAAGGAUGCAAUUUGUUCAGCGGUUGAUGUGAUGCAAGCAAUGGCACCAUCCUUAAGCUCAUGGCUAACAAAGGUCGGAGAGGUGAACUCUGUGGUAUCAAAACUUGCAGAUGUUAAUGCACAUGAGCGUGCUUUGCUCGACCAGUGCAACGAUUUAUUGUCUACAGUAGCAUCUAUGCAGGUAAAAGAGUGCAGCCUGAGAACACAAAUAUUGCAACUAGAACGCCCGCCCACCAGCUUAACAGAACAGGACACCGCAAGGGUAUAGGUAGCUGAUUGUUGUGUUGUGUGCAUUAUUAGACCGAAGAUCUUGCUAGAGAAUCGAAACCCAUUCUUUUUUUACUUGAAUUCAUGAAACAAGAAGCAAUAAUAGAUUCAUUGACAGUGUUUGGUCAUGAGUGAAUCAUCAAACUUGAUAAACAUUCCUGGAUUGAGGAAUUGGCCCUCCCCAUGUCCUAUGUCCUAUUAUUUAUGGAUACUGUAUCGGAUAACAGGUGUAAAAUUCAACCUUCGACAUGUGGGUAGGGACGCAAUAUUGACACACCUGUACCGUCCGAUACUGUCUUUAAAGAACUCAUUUUUCAAAGGAAGUCGCCUGAGACACUCGUUUUGGAACGCUCGCAUUCACUGUGACACACACAUAUGCCACAGGGUAGCCCGCCCUCAUUAUGACACACACAGUAGCUCGCUUGGAUGGGGCCUACAAGUGGUAGAGAGGUAACACCAUACCUCCUCUAUUGUACAUUUCGAGGCAUUUUCAAAGUAGUAGGUAUAGACAUGAUUUUGGUGAACAGUGUUGUUGAGUGUUCGAUUGACGUCAAAUUUGUCGAGCUUUCAUAUGAACAUAUGGACAGACUUGACUCUAGAACCACAUGCCCAAAUUUCCUCCAUAACCCCAAUUUUCAAGGUUAAGACCUGGUUGCAUGCCCACUAUGUGUGGUGUGUCCAGAACCACAUGUCCAAAUUUCCUCUAGAACCCCGACUUUCAAUGAUAAGGCCCGGUCGCAUGCCCACUAUGUGUGGUGUGUCCAGAACCACAUGUCCAAAUUUCCUCUAGAACCCCGACUUUCAAUGAUAAGGCCCGGUCGCAUGCCCACUAUGUGUGGUAUGUUAGAUGAUGCAUCAUCUUCCUCGGUCUCAUCAUGACACUCAUCUAGGCCCUCACGUAGUUAGAUGAGCAUUACUUGAGGGUUGUCA